AGAAUUCCACUCUAAAUAUGAAUUCAUAAUUCCCUUUCUUUAUCGCAGACUCGAAAAUGGUGAUAGGUGUGGCUGGCGGUGUUGGUUUUCCUGUCGUGUUAGCCAUUGUUGUCAUUGGCCUGAUAUUUAUGCGCAGGAGAGGAAUGAUCUGUCGAUCACCAAUAAAAGAAACGGAAGCGCAUGCAAAUGCAGCAUAUUGGUUUGCAAAUGGAGACGUAUUAUUUUCUACACCUGCAUUGUAUACCGAAGACAAUGUGCAUCAGGAUGACGGAGACGACAACUGCCAAUUUAAUGACAAUGGGUCUGGGUAUCAUAUCUAUGCAAAUACAAAUACCUUUGUAAAUCGAGUCAACAAUCACAACUCUAAAACCAGAGAAAAUGAUUCAAACCCACCACAUGGUAAACAAAAGAAACAAUAUUGUAGUGCACGUGAUAACCAGAGUAUAGCGCAAGAAACAACAACAACAGGAUAUGAAAACGUUUGCUUCAAGGACUCAACCAAACUGGUUCAAAGAAAUGAUUAUGUAAACGUUCACUUACAUCCUGGCGACUACAACAACACCCUUGAAGACAGUAAUGCUGACAGUGUUGCCUACUUUGGCGGGAAUAGAGCACAAAAAUGUGGCUAUGAAUUAGCCUAACUAUUACAGUAUACUUUCAAACAGGAAAAAAGACUACAACUACGUCACCUUGCACAAUGAUAACAUUCCCAAAGCAACUUAGCGUUUGGAUGACAUUAUACGCUAUAAAGAAACCAGCGCCCACGCAAUUUAUCAUCAUAAUUACACUUAUAACAUUUUCGACUAAGACCAGGAUAGAAUUACACUCUGGAUUUCCAAUCCAAUACUGAGGCCAACAAAUCAGAAGAUUGCUAUGACCAUUUCUAUUGAAUUUGCCUGUUUUAAGUAAAC